ACAUCAAUGUCAAAACUCAAAUAUCCAAAUUGAAACAUCAUUUUCAUAAUAAUUGUUUUUCCACGAAAAUAAUAAAUAAAAAAUAUUCUUGGCAGUUGGCACUAGAAAAAGCAAUAAAAUCAAGAAAAGAACAUAGAAAAAUUCAUGAGGCAAAAGUGAAGUGAGAAACUACGGUAACAUUCUUGAAAGGAUUUUUUCGUGUGCAUCCUUCCCUGCUGUUAAAUAAUAUUAUGGAGUUCCCUUCUCUCGGCGAGCAUUGCCAGAAGAAAGAUUGUAACCAGACGGACUUUCUGCCACUUCAGUGUAAAUGUGGGAUGGUAUUCUGCCGCCAUCAUUUCAACGAUCAUUGUUUAUCUGGAGAAUGCGAGUUGGCGCCGAAACCAAAGGAGGUUAACUUUGAAAAUGACGAUCAGAUUUAUAGAUGCUCGUCGAAAGGCUGCAGGAAGGGGAAUCUACAUGAAAUGCUGUGUAUAAAGUGCAACAAACAUUACUGUAUCGAGCAUAGGUUUCAUCCAUCCUGUCCCGAGAUUGACGAUGAGACAAUGACAGCAAAAAUAGAGCAGUUCGAAGCACCAAGACGUCAAUUCCAGGAAGCUAAUAAGUUUCUUCAAGAUAAAAUAACGGAAAACAUAAGAAAAGCCCUGAAGUCCUCAGCAAAAGUGAAGACUGCAUCAAAAAUCCAUUUAAUGAGGAUCAAGCAAAAAGCUCUCGGCCCUAAAUCCAUACCAGUAUCAGAUAGAGUGUAUUUUGCUAUCAAGAAACCUAUGGACAUGCAACCAAAACCAGUGACUAUUGUAAAUGACGAACAAAAUAUAAAGAAUAUUGAGUCUAUAGCUUUAGAUCCAGAUUUAAAAGGCACUGUUGCUGUAUUUAUUUCUAAGAAAUGGAGUUUAGGUCGUACCAUUGAUAGUAUAUGUGAUACAUGUAAUAUUAGGAACGAUAAUAAUCAAAUAGGUGACACAAAAAUACGGUUAUUUAGACAAUUAGAUGGUUAUUGCAUAAGUCCUAUUAAGAUGGAUGUUGAAAUUACAGAGUUACUGACAAAAGAGGUUUUGUUAGAAGGUGAUAAGUUAGUCAUAGAGUAUAUAGAUAAUCGUGUCAUAAGUAAUCUAGAAGAUAAUGCACAGAUAUUUUUAAGUUAAUUGUAUAGUUUAUUUUGAUUUUUGGAAUACAUGUUUUAUGAUUGAA